UGUUAUCUGCGCUAGUAUGUUCUCGCGGUAACGCUUAGCGUCGUACACCAUUAGCUUCCCUUAGCUAACGCUGUCGUUUUACAGCUUUUCGUGACGACCUGGCCCCCGCGUACCGAGAGAGACACGCCGGAGGCCGAGCGGCUUUUACUCCUACUUUUGAAACCAGGCCGCCGAAGGGAGUGGGAACAUGCCGCACAACUUCCAGCCCGGAGACCUGGUCUUCGCUAAAAUGAAGGGCUACCCCCAUUGGCCAGCCAGGAUUGAGGAUGUGGCUGAUGGUGCUGUGAAGCCUCCACCUAAUAAAAUUCCAAUUUUCUUCUUUGGAACUCAUGAAACUGCAUUUCUGGCAGCCAAGGAUCUUUUUGCUUAUGAGAAAUACAACGAUCGCUAUGGAAAGCCCAACAAAAGGAAAGGCUUCAAUGAAGGCUUAUGGGAGAUCCAGAACAAUCCACAUGCCUCCUACAGUGCUCCACCUGUGCCCGCCAGCUCAUCAGACAGCGAGGGCAACGAUGGCGGCGGAGGAAGCGACGAAGACGACGAUGAAGAUGCUCCUGCGCCCAUGAAGGCAGAGUCGGCAAGCGAGGCAGAUUCUGAAUCUGCAAGUGAAGAUAGGGCAAGGGGACGAGGAGGAGGAGGAGGGGUGAAAAGGAAGCCGCCGGCAUCUAAGCGUGCGCCUCCCCCGAAAAAAACUCGCCACUCAUCCAGCGAAAGAGACGUGGAAAGCGGAUCACCAUCAGAGUCAGAAGCCACCCCGUCGGAGUCCGGCAACAACAGCGACCAGGAUUUUACUCUGGAGAAGAAAGCAGUUGGGAGAGGCGGAAAGAAGGCGGCAACAGCAGGCAGAGGGAAGAAAAAGCCUUUGCAGAAAGAUUCAUCCAACUCAGAUUCAGACUCCGAAUCUGGAUCUGAGAAGAAAGCGGCGGACAGCGACUCGGAGGACGCGAAACCCCGACCGGCUAUGUCCGGUUCCGAGUCUCAGUCCGGCUCCAAGUCUGAAUCCGAAUCCGACCCGCCUCCACGGAAGGCUCCACCAGCGCGCAAAAGAGCUGCAGAUAAACCUGCGCCAAAGCCUCGUGCACGGAAACCUAAAGCUCCGCCUCCAAAGCGAGCAGCAUCGUCGUCAUCAGACAGCGAUAGUGACAGCGAGCCGGACCGUAUCAGCGAGUGGAAGAAACGAGACGAGGAGCGGCGGAGGGAGCUGGAGGAGCGGCGGAAAAGAGAGGAGGCCGAGGAGCUCCGGCGGCUACGGGAGCGCGAAAAGGAGGAGGAGGAGAAGCGGAAAAGAGAGAAGGAGAUGAAAAAGGUCAGCGACAGCAGCAGCUCGGAUGAAGGUGUCGACGAUCACCCGCUCAAGAGGUCCAAGAAACCCCCUCCGCCGCCGAUCCCGGCGCCGUCUGACUCUGACUCGGCAUCGCCCGCUGAGAUGAAGAAAUCAGCCAAGAAGACGGACAACCAAAACAAAAGCCGACAAAAGAAGGAAGAGGAGCGAAGGGAGCGGGAGCGAAAGGAGAAGAGAGCCAAACGGUCCGAGGAGAAGUCCAGAGCCAGGUCCAAGCCCGAAAAACCGAAGCACAAAUCGGAGAGGCCGCCGCAAAAGAAGAAAGAACCGUCACCAGAGGAACAACUUCAGAAACUCCACACGGACAUCAAGUUUGCUCUCAAAGUGGACAACCCCGACAUCGAGCGGUGUCUACAAGCCCUGGCAGAGCUGGAAGCUGUGCCUGUCACCAGUCAGAUCCUCCACAAGAACGCAGACAUCAUCGCCACGCUUAAAAAGAUUCGGCGGUACAAGGCCAGCUCGGCCGUCAUGGAGAAGGCCAGUGAGGUGUACAACAAGUUAAAACUUCGCUUUGUGGGCAAAGGAGAAACGGCAGCUAAAGUGAAAUCGGACAAGGAAGGAGAUGACGAUGCGAAGGAGACGAAAGAAACAGAUUCGACUGCUGUGAACGGAGAGUCGCAAGAGAAAAAAGGCGAAGAGGAAAAAACUGCCGAACGCAACGACCACACUAACUCAAGUCCAAUCAGGCGGAGCCCAACCAGCCCUCAGCAGACUGACGAAUACACCCAAGAGAACAACAACAACAACAUUUCUGCAGAUAUGGAGGUAUCCCCUGCUGAAAGUUAAACAAAAGACGCCCUCCUAACAACAACCGCAGUGGACCAAGUGGUAAAGAUGGAAGACGUACAAGGAGCCAACAACACUGCAACACAAUCACCGACGCCUGCUAUACGUCACUGUCCUCGCUCCAGACCUUUUCAACCAUUAACACUCUGGGUAGAUAAAUUUGUCUGAGCGAUUUGUCAGUGCAAAAAAGAAUUAUUAGCGUUGUGAUAGUUUGUGCUGCACGUCCUGUCUUUAAGUUGCAGAAAUGUCUUCUCUUCCAUGACUGGGUCCUGUUUUUUUUUUUGUUUUUUUUUUAAACCUUUGUCUGUCAUACUGCACGCGUCGGUUUAAUACGUGCACUUGUGAACUCAAUUUGGGCUGACGAAGGUAUGAAUUUUGAAUCUUAACGAAAUUUUCACUUAGCUGCCCGGCGGAUUCUGUCGACUUUCUUCCGUAUAAAUCCUUUUUUAAUAAUAUAUAUAUAUAAAUGCUACAAAACAUCACAAAGAGCACCAGUUUGUAUUGGACAUUUUGAGAGUGGUAAACUUGUUUUGUGUUUUGUUUUUCUUUUUAUGUGUAAGGCAAUGAAAUGAGUUGACAGGUUCACUGACUUUUUAUAGCUUUGUUUUCACACAUUUGCUAAAAAAACAAACAAUCUGUGGCAUUACACACACGCAUUAUUUCGCUGUAAUGUAUGCUUAUGAUAAAUCUGCGUGUUGAUGUCAUAAUUGCCCUCCAAAAAAGUGGAGAUCUCAUGUAGCUGCAGACUUAAAUGAAAUCCCUCAAUAAUAAACAGUACAAACGGCA